UAUAUGCAUGUGUGCCACUUGGGUGUGCUGGACAUUGGAAACCCAGUGGCAUACCAGUGGCAGACACCAAUUUCCCUGCUCAAGAGGCAAAGCUGUUGGAAGGUCUCUCUAUGUGAUUCUGGGAUUUCAUGGAGGAGGAAGCUAUAGAUCACUGGACUGUCCAGCAAUGGUUUUGUAUUGUCAUUACCAUUACUGCAAACAUGGAGAUAGAUUGAAGAUGGUUUUCAAGCUAUGAUCUCCACAUCUGGGUUCUUUUGGAAAGCAAAAGCUGGUAGGAUUUUUGAGCUUGGCUUCUUCAGUGAUGACUUUUCAGGCAAUUAUUAUAUUGGCAUUUGGUUCAAAGCCGAUAAGAACAAGGUUGUCUGGGUUGGUAACCGCGAAAUUCCCAUAUCAGAUUCCUCAGGUAUUCUUCAAAUACGAUCUGGGAAUCUGGUUUUCAUGGACAGACGUCAAGUUCCUUGGCUACUCAAUUCUGAAAAUGUUGCCACGGCCAUAAACACAACUGCAACACUUCUUGAUUCAGGAAAUUUUGUCCUUAAAGAAGAAUAUACAGGUACUGUUCUAUGGCAAAGUUUUGAUAAUCCAACUGAUACUUAUCUUCCUGGGAUGAAACUUGGUUGGUCGGCACUAAACACUAACCAACCAAGCUUUCACCUUUUUGUUUCUUGGGUAAGCCCCCAAAGCCCUACUCGUGGCCUUUUCACCUUAACCAUGGAUAGGAUCAACUUUACAAAGAUUCAGGUUUGGCGAGGAGAUAAAGUUCGAAUGGAUAUUGGGUUUUGGGAUGGACAUAACCUGCGGUUUAUUUUUGACAACUCAACAAGUGGAAAUGACUACAAUUUUAGUCACCAUUCCACUGCAGAUGAAGCCUACUUUAAUUUUAGUGGCAAUAAGAAUUAUGACAUUGUGUGGUUUGUGAUGGCUUCCACGGGAAAACUAGAUCAGUAUUUUAUGGUGGAUGGGAAGAUUUCUUCCGUGAGUCAUGCCCUGUGUGAAAAUUCAACUGGGAGGUGCUUGACUUCCCUACCAUCUAUGUGUGAGGAUGGUGAAAGCUUUUCACAGGUUAAGGGAUCACUGCCAUCUAUGUUUAACAUUGGUGCCAUUAAUACGGGGCCUAGUGGUUGUGAAACUCUGUGCGAGAGCAAUUGUUCUUGCACUGCAUUUGCUUCACUUCAGAAUGAUAAAGAAUGCCAACUUUAUUAUGGGAGUAAGCAGGAUUUAUUGAAGACCAUAGUAAAAGGGCCAGGGAUUAUUUACAUCCGCGGUACUGCUGCUACAAAUGGUGGUAAGAAGUGGAAACUCGGGUUAGCUCUCACAGUUUCUUUGGCUACCCUCUUGGUUCUUAUCCCUUUUUCCUUAUGCUGCUAUCUGCGUUGGAGAAAGGGACACAAAGAAGACUCAGUAACAGAAGGCAUUAUCAAUUUGGACCAAGAGAGUUUAUUCCAAAGGGCGACUAAUGUGUCACCAGUUCAGCAGAAUGCAGUUAGAGGUGCAAGUAACAUCGAGUUAGGCAGGCAGAAGGAUCAAGAUCUGCCCUUGUUUAGUAUUUCUACAAUACAGACUGCAACAAAUUACUUUGCUGAGUCAAAUAAACUAGGGGAAGGUGGAUUUGGGCCUGUCUAUAAGGGUAAGCUCCUAGUAGAAGGACAAGAAAUUGCAGUGAAAAGACUGUCCAAAAUUUCCCGCCAAGGGUCAGGGGAAUUCAAAAAUGAAGUCUCAGUGAUUUGUAAGCUCCAACACAGGAACUUGGUUAGGCUUUUGGGAUGCUGCAUUGAAGCAGAAGAAAGUAUACUAAUUUACGAAUACAUGCCCAACAAAAGCCUGGACUUUUUCAUUUUUGAUUCAACCAAACGGUUACUUUUGGAUUGGGGAAAGCGUGUGAACAUUGUGGAAGGGAUUGCUCAAGGCCUUCUAUAUCUUCACAAAUACUCCCGAUUAAGGAUCAUUCACCGUGAUUUAAAGUCCAGUAAUAUCCUGUUGGACAGUGACAUGAACCCAAAGAUUUCUGAUUUUGGCAUGGCAAGGAUUUUCGGGGACAAUGACACUAGAGGCAAAACAAACCGGGUUGUUGGUACAUUUGGUUACAUGUCACCGGAGUAUGCCAUGGACGGCCUCUUUUCUGAAAAAUCCGAUGUGUUUAGCUUUGGGGUGAUCGUAUUAGAGAUUAUUACUGGCAAGAAGAAUAUUGCCUUCUUUGAAGCUGAUCAUUCUCUGAACUUACUGGGCAAAGCUUGGACUUUGUGGAAAGAAGGUAAUGGCAUGGAGUUGAUGGAUUCGACACUGCGUGCUUCUUGUUCGAGCAGUGAAGUUAUGAGAUACAUACAGAUGGGUCUUCUGUGCGUGCAAGAAAGAUCUAUUGAUCGACCAAACAUGUCUGAUGUAGUUUCUCUGCUAAGCAAUCAGUCAUUUGCUCUGCCUUUUCCUAAAGAACCUGCAUUUUUGUGUCAGCAAAUUUCGACUGAUGCAGAUUCAUCUUCAAGUAGGCAAAGACGUUACUCUCAGAAUGAUCUAACCAUUUCACAAGUGCAUGGCAGGUAGCAAAAAUUGAACUUCACCGGGCGCUUUGCAGUUAAUAAUAUUGCUAUCACUGUAGAAUAUAUGUUUUACUUGUAUAGAAGUUGUAACUAAUACGAAAGAAAAUGCACCUGUAACAAUAAUCAAACCAUCAAAGUUUUUGUACACAUUAUUUAGUAGCAACAUUUCUCGAGGGUGAUGUUUACAAGUGUGACACGUGUGCCGAGUUACAUUUUGAAUACUUAGCAUAAAACGAUCGCAGAGGAACAGCCCGACUACGAACCCAGGAAGAGCUUUUGCUAAACUCUCUGUUUCGGUUUAAGCGCUUUUGCUUUCUGCAUAAGCAGUUAAAGAUGCUGUCUUUGACUUUGGUAUC